CUUUCAACCCUUGCUAGGGCAACAUCCUAUACAUCAAUAUCUCCGGGGCUUUUUUCUCCAUUCUCGAUAGUCUCCUAAAUAUGACAAGAUCCAUUCAAACCAAGCAAUGCGGCAGGAGCUUAGAUCACAACUCUGACGAGUUGGAAGACAAAUUCAGCGAACUACCAGAGGAUAUAAUCUUCACAAUCGUGGAAAAAAUCGGAGAUACCCAAACCCUAGUUCUCUGCUCAGUUGUAUCGAAGCAAUGGCAUGCCAUCGUCUCCAAAACCGAAACGAUCUCUGUCAGAGUACUCCCUUAUCCAAGCUGCGGCGGUGGGCUUCCAUGCUCGGAAUCACACAACCACCUUCCACCAUCACAAGUUCCUGGUCUCAUGAAAGUGUUUGCCGAGGUGAAAUCUCUCAAGAUUAAGUUAUGCACUUUUCCAACUCUUAACCCACGAAAUCAGGCCGAUAACUUGUUGAUGAUUAAGGCCAUGAUUUAUGGAGAGGAUAUCCGUAUCGACAGUUGCUACGCUGUCAAGGUUGGGUUUUUACGGAGAAGAAUGAUAGUAGCGAUGGAUAGGUUUUUUAACCCCAUGUUGAGCCAACAUCCAAUUUCAUAUGCAAGUGACGUAUGUCUUGAUGUUAUAUUACGGCAUCGUCCUAGAACUUUGAGUAGCGUAGUGAUUUCUUUCGUUAAGAUGCCGGAUUUUUAUGGAAACAAGGUGUUAAUGACCAGAAAGAUGUGGGCUUCGUAUAAUGGGAAGGUGUUUAUGAACAGAAAAACAGUUGGAUGACUUCACUAAUUUGCCACCAAACGCAAGUGUCGAAGGUUGGCUUGAGGAUGCUCGGAAUUCUGUUUAUCAGCUUAAGAGCUUUGUAAAUAAUAAUUGGUGUAGAGAUGAAUUGUGGCAUGUUAAACAUUGGGAAUCAUUGCAUACAGGAGAUACAGUGAUGGGAAAAAGGUAUAUUGAUAACCCUACUGUUUCGGAGAUGUUCGUGAAAGAAUUACUGGGGGUUGCCAACGACGACGAUUGCGAUGAGAAACAGUGAAUAGGGCUACCAGGAGUUAUGGAUUGGAGACAAUUUCUAGGCAGGGCAUGGCGCCGCAGUCAUUAGGGAUUAAACAGAAA